AUGGAGGAUACAGCAGAAAAUAUUAUUAAGGAAUUAAUUGGCCUAGGGAUGCUUGAAGAACGUUAUGUCUUUUACAGUAAAGUAAAAGUUCCUAAAUUAUAUGAAAACUCAUGCCUUGUUGAAGUUGAGGAGCAAGAUUUCAUUUCUAAAGUUGCCAAUUCGCUGACCCAUGCAUUUAUUAAAAAUGAUGGACAAGAACUGCCUCCUAACUUCAACCGCUUUCAAAUUCAAUCCUUGUUUACCUCAGUAGAUUACUGUGAUGGUCAUAUUGGACCAUUGUCUCAGGUGUUUUGGCAAACUGUGUGGGUUGCAGUUUUUGUUGGUAAUCUUCAAAAACUACAAACUUUGGAAGUACAUGAUUGUUCAAAGCAAUUCGAACUCCCUGUAGAAAUUCUGAAUAUCAAACAGCUUCGGCACCUUUUAUUGUGCGAUACGCUCAGAUAUAAAGGUGGAAUUAGAGUUCCAAUGGGGAUUGGAACAUUGGAUGUGUCUGAGGAUCAUGUCGGUGAGCUAUUUGCAUCCAGCAUAAAACUAGAAAACCUUGUUUCCCUGUCUUUAAAUGCAGAACAAGCCGGCGAGGGCACACUUCUGCCUGAAUUGGAACCAUUUUCUCCUCCACCUCAUCUUCAAGAGCUUGUUUUACGUGGGGGUCUAGUUGAAAUGCUCAAUUGGCUUCCCUCCAUUGAAAACCUAACCAGUCUAGCGCAAUGUCAUUCUAAUAUCUUGGAGAAUCCGUCUUCAGUUCUUCAGUUUCUUCCCAAAUUAAAACAUCUUAGACUUUGGGAAGCCUAUAAGGCAAAGCUCAUUGGGAAAGAGUUUUGCGAAUCAGGUGGAUUUCCGAAGCUGGAAACUUUGAUAAUUGCUUCAGGUGAUUUAGUGGAGUGGAUUGAGAUUGUAAAUGGGGCUUUUCCAAGUUUGAGAAAUCUUCAAUUUUGGAAUUGUCUUAAUUUGAGGUUUCUGCCUGAGGGCUUACAGAACAUUUCUACGAUUCAAGAGUUGUUUUUAACUCACUUACGUGGAGACCUAGAAAGGAGAUUGAGUGGUGAAGAAAAUUACAAGAUCAAGCAUAUUUCAAAAUUUUAUUGGGACAUGCCAAUUUCCUGA